AUGUCUCGAGAAAAAGAAAUGGUGCAUUGUACAGCUGGUCAUUCUUCCAAUAAUAUUAUAGUGAGCAUUAAAAUCGAUAGUAGAUAUUAUAUCAAACACAUAGCAGAUGGUAGGUAUGGGUCUAUAUAUUCAGCUAUAUUAAAAAAUGGCUUGAAAUGGUAUUGGAAUUUUAAUAAACACAAUUGGGAAUAUUCUUACGUAGAUAUUAAAUUUGCUUUGAAAGAAAUAAAUAAUUCUAGACAUGAUUUAUCUGGAUUUCUUAAAGAGUCGAAGUAUUCAUACUCUCAUGGAUUGCAUAAUUCAUCAGAAGAUAUAAAAUCUGGAAAAUCUCAGGAAUCUCAAGAAUGCAUUGAUUGGGAAGAAAAAAUUCAAAAUCAUGCCAAAAAACGAUCAUUCUCAACUUUAGAUUGUGAUUCCCAAGAAUCUUAUGAAUGCAUUAAUUUGGAACAAUAUUAUAAGGUUGGAACUGAUUCUACAUAUGGCAAAGAUUGGAUGGAUGUCACUGACUGGAUGCAGCAUAAUUUGGUUAAUGAAUUUGAUUAUUCAGAUGAGACUGUACAAAUAUUUUUAAUGUCUUUUUUGGAUGAUCCUGAAUUUCGAACAACACAAUUAUAUGUUUGUAAUAACAUUGCUCAUCUUGAGGAUCUCACAGAAGGAAUGUCGGCAUCCGAUUGUCCAAUAAUUCUCCUAGAAUCAUCUCAAGAUAAUAACUCAAUUUCCUUGUGA